UGUUCUGCCAUUAUUAAAGAGAAGGUGAAGGUGUGGCUCAUUUUAUUUUUUCCUGAUCAUCAUGGCAAAGAAGAUCGUUCUAAACAAUGGAGUCCACAUGCCAGUGCUAGGAUUGGGUACAUGGCUAGCCGAUCCAUUUCCUGGGUUGACUGGGCCAGCAGUCGAAGCAGCAGUUAGAGAAGGAUACCGUCACAUAGACUGCGCCUUUAUAUAUCAGAAUGAGGAAGAGAUUGGAGAGGCUCUUGAGAAACUUUUUAAAGAAGGAGUGGUGAAGAGAGAAGACAUGUUCAUAACAAGCAAAUUAUGGAGUUGCUAUCAUGAUCCUAAUGAUGUUGAGCAAGCUUGCAAGGAGAGUCUUGAGAGGCUUAAAUUGGAUUACAUUGAUCUUUUUCUGAUACACACUCCUUUUGGAGUAAAGAGAGGAGAAAUAUUCCCGACUCCUGACACAGUCCUGGGAUAUGAUGAAAAGAAAAUGACACUAACGUGGAAGGCAAUGGAAGCUCUUCUUCCUCUUGGCCUAGUGAAGGCUAUUGGUGUGUCAAACUUCACUAUAACAAAACUGGAGGCAUUGUUACCAACUGUAUCAGUCAUUCCAGCUGUUAAUCAAGUGGAAAGUAAUCCUCAACUUCUUCAACGCAAGUUACGAGAAUAUUGCCGGCUUAAAAGCAUCACUUUUGUUGGUUACUCUCCUCUUGGAUCUCCUGGCAGGCUUGAAAAAGAAAAAGAUGAUGUCAAUUUGCUAGAAGUUAAAGUCAUCAAGGACAUUGCAGAGUCACACGGUGCCACUCCUGCUCAGAUAUGCAUUGCCUUCAUGCUGAGCCUCGGUGAUGCUACCAUACCAAAAUCCACUGACGAGUUGAGAAUAAAAGAGAACUUUGCAGCUAGUAAGAUCCAGUUGGAAGAUCAUGAGAUACAGCGCAUGAAGCAGCUUGAUAAAGGAUACAGACGCAACACUUAUGACUGGCUGCUCCGACCAAAAGUGGACUCUGUUGAGACUGCAUGGGAUAUUGAGUCUGAUUCUGCUUUUGUGAUUGAAAACGAUAAAUAACAUUUUAAAUAUAUAUUUUUAUGUGUAUUAUUUUUGAGGUUUUAUUGUUAUAGCUUAAAGCUUGGUUUGAGCAUA